AUGUCGUUCCUCGUCUACUUUGCGGCAUAUGCCACGGCCAACUGUUUCGAUUCCUUCUACGCGAGGAACAAUUGCACAGAUGCCGCCGCCACGUUCGUGUCGCCCUGCAAGUUCUUUGCCACGACGGCCGUGGGCAUCGGCUCAUGCGUUUACAAGGAUGGAUAUUUUGCCCAUGCGGCCAGUAGAGCGCCGGUGCCUCUCUUGAGCUAUGCCUUGUUCACGGCUAGGGAUGUCGUCACUUUGUUUGCGUCGUGCACCUUGCCGACCAUGAUUGCGCCCGAGCUGGCCGUCUUUUCUGGUGCAGUCGCAUCCCGAGCCUCGGAGUGGUUUGGCUCGGAGGAGUCGCGGCUACAGGUUGCUGGAGUGAUGGCUCCCGUGGCGGCGCAGAUAGUUGGCACGCCGAUUCAUCUGCUGGGACUUGAUGUGCACCACAGACGAGAUGGGUUUUCGGCUGCUGCGCGGUUCAAAUCUGUGUGGAGGCACUUUCGUGUCUGUGCCCCGUUGCGAAUGGUGCGCAUUAUGCCGGCGUUUGGUAUUGGGGGUGCUGCGAAUACGGAUUGCAGAGGGAUGAUGCUUGGUCGUUUGACUGGGUAG